CAUCAAUCGUGAGCAACAAGCUUGAAUGGCGUUACAGCAGGUAAAUUGAUCACUCUUCUUUCAAUUUAUAAAGCUUCAAUUCUGCUUCAAAUCCUCCCAGAGUAUGACUCUCUUGUUCAAAAUCGCAGCACUUUUGCUGUUGACCAUGGGAGCAGUUGUCACUGGGGUUAUGGAGUCCAAGCGGUGCAUCAUGUAUCUUACUGGGCAACAUAAUGUCGUUCCUCAAGAGGAGAUACUUAGAAAUGACAUCACCCACGUUGUGCUGGCGUUUAUGAGAUCAGACGUCUUUGCCACGCAAGAGACACCGACUGAGUUUCCAUUAUUUACCACCGUUGACAAAGUACGCCAGCAAUUUGACGCGGAUACUAAAGUCAUGGUAGCAAUAGGAGGCUGGGGAGACUCCAAGGGCUUCGAGGAUGGUGCCAGAACCCCGGAAUCCAGACGUCGCUGGGCCGCUAAUGUAAAGGCCAUGAUCGAUGCCACUGGUGCAGAUGGUGUUGACAUAGAUUGGGAAUACCCUGGAGGUAACCGCGACGACUACAAGCAGAUUCUAAACAAGGAGCGAGUCUGGGAGAUUGAAGCAUUUGUUGCCCUUCUCGAAGAGCUCCGCAAGACCAUCGGUGCUGAUAAGCUCCUAUCUAUAGCUGUACCAGCCUUAGAGAGAGACUUGAUGGCAUUUACUACAAAAACAAUGCCACGAAUCGUCAAGGCUGUCGACUUUAUCAAUGUCAUGACUUAUGACAUGAUGAAUCGCCGAGAUACGACUGUGCAGCAUCAUAGCGGAGUACAAGGUUCAAAAGAAGCCAUGAAGAGAUAUCAAGAUCGCGGGGCUCCUGCUGAUAUAUUGAACCUCGGACUGGGGUACUAUGUCAAGUGGUUCAUGACGAAGACCUGCGAUCCUGACAACAUUGUUGGCUGCCCAACGCAGUUACUUGAAGACCCCGACACAGGUGCAGAUAUGGGCAAGACCGGCGCGUUUAGCUGGCGUGACAAGACGCCCGAGGAAUUGGCGCCCUCAUUUGAACGAGCAAAGGAGGAUGGCUUCUACGAUACCGACGACAGUUUCGGCUACUGGGACGAGGAGGAGAAGCGAUGGUGGUCAUUUGACACACCAGAGAGCAUCAAGACAAAAGUAUUCGAUAUAUUAGGGCCAAUGAAGUAUGGUGGUGUUUUUGCUUGGGGAUUAGGAGAAGAUGCACCGGCGUUCGAACAUCUCGACGCUACCAUCCAAAGCCUUCGCCAACUCAGCGACGUGCAAAACGGUCUGGCUCAUGACAGUAGUGAGCUAUGAUCAUGUAGCUAGUUGCAUUAAUAAACAUAUUACGAUUUAACUACAAACUUCCAAUCCGUUUUCAUCAAUCGUGCAAUCAACAUUAUAAUGGCUCCCACCCCCGUCGUUAA